CUUGCAGCCGCCGCUGGCCCAGUGGAGCAACGCGCAGAUCUCGGAGCACUACAGCACCUGCAUCAAGCUCUCGGCCGAGAAUAAAAUCACCACCAAAAAUGCCUUUGGGCUGCACCUGAUUGAUUACAUGAUUGACAUCCUGAAGCAGAAGAACUCUGAGCUCACCAACUUCCAGGUGGCAGCCGGGACUCUGGAUGCCAGCGCCAAGAUCUACGCUGUGCGCGUGGAUUCCAUCCACGCCGACGCCUUCAAGGUCCUGGGCCACCUGGGCAAGGAGCCUGGCCCUGCCAAGGACCUGGACAGCCCCCAGGAAGACUCCAGCCCAGACCCCAAGGCUGCCAGGAAAGAAGCAAAGCCAAGGAAGAAGCAAAGCUUCAAAACCAUCGAGCAGAACCUGAGCAACAUCAACGUGUCUGAGGCCACCCGCAGGCACGAGGUGGAUCCCAUGUUCCAGAGAGCAGCCGCCUCUUUUGACGAGUGCAGCACAGCCGGGAUUUUCCUGACGGGGCUGCGCUCCCAGAGCUUCCAGAGCCGCCUCCUCUUCCACUCGGAGAUUGUCCCCCUGCCCUCCUCGGAGAGCCUGACCCUGCCCAGCUCCCUCCCUGUUCCUGUGGCUGGCCUCAAAGCCCUGCUGGCCCCGUGCCUGGAAAAACGCCGGAUCUGCUCCUCCCUGGCCGGAUUCCAGUUCACCAAGUGGGAUGAGGAGAGCCAUGAUGAGUCGGUGUCGGCGCUCCUGGAGAAGUUCCGCAGGAGCGAGCAGGUGUUCAAUCCCAACCUGGAUCCCGACAGCGACAACGAGGAGGGCUGGGCUCCCUCCCAGCUGGAAUUCCCACCGGAUUCUCCGGAUGGAGACAGGAGCCCGGAACCCCAGGAGAACAACAAGAGGCCCGAGAGAGCUCCCUUUGCCGAGGGGGACAUCGGCACGCUGAGCCUGCACGUGUCCCUGAAUCCCGGGGAAUAUUCCUACUUCAGCCCCCGCACCCUCGCCAUGUGGGCCGGCCCCGAGCACUGGCGCUUCCGGCCCCGGCAGCCCCCAGCCCCAGGCCUGGAGAAGAAUUCCCGGCAGAGGAUUCCCAGGAAGGUUUUCGAGUUUGAUUUCCAGGAGGACAUCGACUUCCAGGCCCAUUUCCGUAAGACCAAGGCAUCCACAACUUUGGCCAAAUCCAUCCUGGAAAGCCAAAACCUCCGGAGCACCACACUCCCUGCAGACUUCAACUACGAGCCCCAGAACCUGGGGCAGCUCUUCCUGAAACCCAUUGUCAAGCUCAGCCAGCACUUGGAUCCAGUGGAAGCCUUGGCUGCCGAGGCUGGGAUUGAGGACUAUGACUACAACAACCCCAACGACACCUCCAACUUCUGCCCUGCCCUGCAGGUCCCUGACAGCGAUGACGAUCCCGAUGCCGAUGCCACAGAAUUCCCCAGCGAGCUCCCGGCUCCUCCCGAGGCUCCAGAGCUCUCCCAGAUCAACGAGGGGAACGUCCCGGCCUGCGGGGAGCUGGAGCUCAUUGCCGAGCCCCAGAAGAUCCAUAAAAUCCACAUCCAGUACGCCAAGAUGGCCAAGAGGAUGGACAUGAGGCGGCUGAAGCAGAACAUGUGGGAGCUGCUGACAGAGCAGGAAACGGAGAGGGAGGAACCCAGGGAAGGGACAGACGUGGAAGUGGCCGGAGAGAAGGUCCUGAGUGACCUCACCAAGGAUCUGCUCCACAGGCUCCCUCCCACCAUGGCCACCAACCUGUCGGUGCCCCUGGCCUUCGUCUGCCUCCUGCACCUGGCCAACGAGAAGAAUUUGUGCCUGGAGAGCACCAAGGACCUGUCAGAUGUGCUGGUGAAACAGGGACGCUGACCCGGGAUCGCUGAGGAAUCAUCCCCAGAUCCCAAAUCCCGGCGAGAUUCCUGGAAUUCCGGGCUGGAUGGACACAGGGACAGCCCAGCCCUUCCUCUGCUUCCAGCCAGGAUCCAGCCAGCAGCUUUUCCCUGGAUUGGGAAUUCCUGCAGCUCCUCACUGUGAACCCCAGCACCUGCAGAGGCUGCUCCAAAAUUCCCUCUUUGUGUCCCAAAAUUUCCUGUCUGUGUCCCAAAAUUCUCUGUUUGUCCCAAAAUUUCCUGUCUGUGUCCCAAAAUUCCCUCCCCAUGUCCUUCCCAGUCUGUAAUUCCCAGUUUUUGGACUGACUGUUACUCCUGGCCCCCAUUCCUUCCAUUCCCUGGAAUUAUUCCUUUUUUUACUGGUUAAGGAUAAUAAAUUAUGCAGACUUUGGAGCGGG